AUGACCGAUACGAAAAAAGAAGUGAUUAACGACCUUUACGACGCCGCCUUACUCACGGCCGGUGUCGUCGGCGUAUCCUACGCUGCAAAAACUAUCGUCGGGAAAAGUUUGGGAGCACCGAUGACGUUCGAAGGUGCGAUGAAAUUAAGUCUUGCUGUCGCGGGAAGUUCAUUUGCCGUCGCGUAUCUGAAAGAUAAAGGAUACGUUCCUAAAACAAUCAAUCAAUAAAUAAUGACAUCUAAUUUAAUCGUCGGCGGAUUAUUUAAUGCCGUUGCGUUUGCGGGGGCAGGAUUCUUAUUUUCCCAUUUGAACCGAAACGGGUACAAGGAAGAAGUGAAAAGACAUAAUCGGGCGUUAGAAGAAUUGGCCGAGGCCAAAGAGAAAUUUUACGAAUCCGAAGUGAAAAGACGCAACCAAGAAUUACGUCGACGUCAAGAAAUUCUAGACGCGAAUCACGAUAUCGAAGAGACGAACAAAGCGUUGGACGAACUGAGAAAUUAUAAUAGACGGAUGGAUUUAUCGGCUCCGGAUCGUAAACCGAAAUUAAGUGAUUAUUAUCAACCGUCGAACGACAUGCAAAAAUAUAUGUACGUUACCGUAAGUGCCGUCGAUCUCGGUAGCGGAUACGUACUGACCCGAAUACUGUGA